GCUUCCAGCGGUCUCCAGGUGAGCUAGGGAACGAUGUAGGAGGUGAAUGACGGCAUCAUCCGCUCCAAUGCCAGGCUGGUAGGCAAACUGAAGUGAUGAGCUUGUUAGGCGCUGAAGCUGAGCCAGGACCAACCGCUCCAGAGUCUUCAUCAGGGGGGAUGUCAGAGCCACACACAGGAGGUGUUCCAGAGCUGUGGGACUCUCCCCAGCCUCAGGCUCAGGUUGAAGAGGUGCUCCAUCACCCCACACAGUUGGUCUGCGCAGGACCUGACGACCCUCGAGCUGAUGCCAUCUGGACCCGCAGCUUUCCUGGAUUUAAUCCUCCGGAAUACACAAAGAUCGGCUAUGCAGGAAACACCGAGCCACAGUUCAUCAUGCCGUCCUGUAUCGCAAUCAAGGAGUCGGCCAGCGUGGGAGAGCAGGCCCAGAGGAGGCUCGUACGAGGAGUCGAUGACCUGGACUUCUACAUCGGCGACGAAGCCGUAGACAAACCCAACUAUGCAACCAAGUGGCCAAUCCGACACGGGAUGGUGGAGGACUGGGACCUGAUGGAGAAGUUUAUGGAGCAGGUCAUCUUCAAGUACCUGCGAGCUGAACCUGAGGACCACAGCUUCCUCAUGACAGAGCCUCCUCUCAACACUCCAGAGAACAGGGAGUACUUGGCUGAGAUCAUGUUUGAGACCUUCAACAUACCUGGACUCUACAUCGCAGUACAGGCGGUGCUGGCGUUGGCGGCGUCCUGGACAUCCCGGCAGGUGGGACAGAGGACUCUGACCGGCAUCGUCAUUGACAGCGGAGACGGCGUCACACACGCCAUCCCCGUGGCUGAGGGCUACGUGAUUGGCAGCUGUAUAAAACACAUCCCCAUAGCAGGGCGGGACAUCACCUUCUUCAUCCAGCAGCUUCUUAGAGACCGAGAGGUGGGGAUCCCACCGGAGCAGUCUCUGGAGACCGCCAAGGCCGUGAAGGAGCGAUACUGUUACAUCUGUCCGGACAUCGUGAAGGAGUUCACAAAGUAUGACUCUGACCCAGGAAAGUGGAUCAAACAGUACCGAGGAGUCAACGCCAUCAGUAAGACCGCCUUCCACAUUGACGUGGGCUACGAACGUUUCCUAGGCCCUGAGAUCUUCUUCCACCCCGAGUUUGCUAAUCCAGACUUCAUGCAGCCUAUCUCUGAUGUCGUUGAUGAGGUCAUCCAGAGCUGUCCAAUUGAUGUGCGCAGACCGCUCUACAAGAACAUCGUGCUGUCUGGAGGUUCCACCAUGUUCAGAGACUUUGGCCGGCGGCUGCAGAGGGACCUGAAGAGGGUGGUGGACGCUCGGCUGAAGCUGAGCGAAGAGCUGAGCGGAGGACGGAUAAAGCCGAAGCCGAUGGAGGUUCAGGUCGUCUCACAUCACAUGCAGCGUUAUGCCGUCUGGUUCGGAGGCUCUAUGUUGGCGUCCACGCCGGAGUUUUUCCAGGUGUGUCACUCGAAGAAGGACUACGACGAGAUCGGGCCGAGCAUCUGUCGACACAACCCCGUGUUUGGCAUCAUGUCCUGAUGACAGCGGCGAGCCCAUCGGCCCGCUAACCUGUUAGCCUGCUAGCAACCAGCCACUCAGCCAUUAGCCUGAUAGUUUUUUGCCCUUCUCAGUUUUCACCUAUGAAGCUGCUAACCUGUUAGCGGGCUAGCUCAGCAUCAUCAAGCACAUGGAGAACGUGAAGCACAAAGGCAGUUAGAGAGCACGACAAAGUUUGCAGUGGUUUUGUUUUGAUAAAUUUACUCCACAGAGAAGAAUUUUACCGAGAACAAGAGGAGCUGCAGGAGACCUGGUGUAGCUAGCCAACCUUCUUCCAACACGUAGCAGUGCUAAUAGAGAUCCUCCGAAGCUGAGGCUGUUGUCCCGACAGCAGAUAGAGAUAAAUAUGGCGCCUGCUCGCCUCUCAUCCUCAUUUCGGCCUCUUAUCAAACACAAGCCGCCGCUCUGUGCUGAAGCUGGCGACGGUGGAUUUAACAGGACAAGCCUCUGGAUGUUUUCUGUCACUCGGCAUUUAUGUCAGCAUGUUUGUGGCCCUGCUAUAACGAUCAGACUCACACUGAAUCUCACUGACUUUUUGUCUCUAAACUAGAAAAAGCUCUAAAAUCCGUCUCUUCGUCUUUCGGACAGUGUCGUAGACAGACAGAAAAUAAUUUUCUUUGGUGGUGAUGGUCUCAUUUUCUCUCUAACAGCACAAUCAGGUGUAGUUUUGAGCGCUGCAGCCUGCAGAGGGCGCCAAUGGUGUCAGGACAGCGACGCAGUGUGACGUCACAAUCAAAGGGGACCUGUUCUGCUUUUUCUCGUUUUCUGGUACAAGAGUAAAGUCAUAGUCUCUGAUGUUGAGAUGAAACACCACCCAUGUGUCAGAUAACGAGCUCAUCACCACACUGGCUUCCUGAAAUUUCUGUUUGCUCCAGUCUCACAGUGAUGGAGCGAUGUUGGUCUGAACAUCACUCUCUGGGUCUACGGCCCCAAGAUCCCCCCAAAAACCACCAGACAGAAUACAAAGGGAGAGUAAAUCUAUUCAUGUUAACAUAUAAAGGGUAUUUUGUGACUUUAGAUAUAAGAGACAUGACUGUGGCUCAGCAUGAGCAUUUAUUUUUGAUGAAAUUGGAUUAGCGUGAGCCGGGAAGAGGCUCCAAAUGAUUCUGGGUCAUGGAUUUAGUUUUUAAUGUGGUCAGGCUCUAUAUUUGUAAAAUAAAUAAAUAAUAAUAAUAAUAAUAUAAACUUUACAUUAAUAGAUAUUUAUAUUGACUGAGAGAGCAAGAAUCAGACCGAUCAAAGAUCAGGUCCAAACAACCUGUAGCAUGUGUUCAGGUGCAGUCAUGUGAUGGGCACGUCUUCCAGAAGUCAUUGUUAGGUGAGACGCUCAGUUUGGAGAUUUGCUUCCACAACACGUUUUCUCUUACAGCGCAGGGAUGAAAGCAGAUAAAAUCCACGUUAUGCAAAUGAGUGUUUCUUAAACGAGAUGAAGCCUCAUUUGCAUAUUUAAAAAUCAACCUCCAAACAGUUCAUGUCUAUAAUUAGUCAGUUUCACAAUAUUAUCUGUACAUACUGGUUUGCAAUAAACAUGUAUGAAGUUCUGCAGAUCAUA